AUGAUGGGGGAUUUUUAUCCAAACAAUGAUAGUAUAUUUAAUGAAGCACAAAGACUUGUCGAGAGAUUGAGUGAUGACGAGUUGAAAAAUUUGAUGACCAAUGAUGCUGAGGUGACAAAAUUCGUUCAAAAGUUACCCGAAGUUCAAAGAUUGGAAAGUAUUCGAGAAAGUUUGAGAGAAAAUAACAAACGACUAGCUGAAGAAAAUCUGCAACAACAGCCGAACUUGGCUCACGAGAAAAAAAAACUCGCCGAAAUACACGAACAAUUAAGAAAAAUGAAAGAGGAAUACAACAAUAUACGAACACAAUAUGACGAUCAAGGAAGUGAGACAAAUCCAGAGAUCGCUUAUGUUCUCUUACAGACAGCGGCAUCAGACUUGGAGCGAAAAACCGAACAAACAGCUGAGGAUUUUUUCUAUGGUGGAAAAACCGAAGAUGAAGUAACAGAUUUCGAACGUCGUUUUAUCGAAGAUCGAAAACGUGCGCAUGAAUUAAAGAUCAAAGCCGACAAAUUCCAAGAAUUACUACAUGUUGCCCAAUCUACUAUAUUUUAA